AUGGCGGGCGUGCUGGGCUCCUGGCUGCACGGCGCUCCCAGGGGCGAGUGGCAUCCUCACGCCUGGAAGCUGGACCAGGUCAACGGAACUCGGUGCAGAUUUCCGAGGACCCGCAAGGGUCGCCAGAUCUACGACCCCUGCGGUGCGGCGCCCAACAACAAUCUUCAUCGAGUCCUCGGAUUCUUUACAGGAUUCUUCAACUUGACACUGGACAUUCAGACACUCUCCUUCCGGCUCUCCAGCGCGGCCGAGGUCCUGGUCUUCCGCCCGGCCUGGCUGGGCCUUGGAUGUGCCGGACCGGAAGACGUGCAUGACUCCGAGUUCCUGGGAGGCUAUCCGGUUCGUCUGGUUCAGCAAGGGCGAUACUUGCACCACUGGCUGAUCGUAAAUGCCACCUGCGGCACUAAGACAGCUUCCAUCGAGCUGCGGGUCUGGCCGCGCUGCGUGGAAGUGCACAGCAUCGGGGACGAGCCCGGCUUUUGGGCGACCUUUCUGGAGGACAGUUGGGGCCGCACCACGCAGCCCUCUGCUGGCUAUGCAGGGCUCAGCUUCUGCUGCUCCGGGUCCAGGUGUCAUUUCGCGAAGUUGUCCAUCCCGUCAGACUGCUGUCCGCUUGGCGAGUCUCAAUGUGGCUGGGGCCCGUCCGCAGUGUGCUCGGCGCCGCUGAACCUGACAAUGCAGAUGCAGCCUCCGCCAGCUGUGCGCAACAUAGAUAUACCAGGGCUUCGACCUGUGUGGGGCGAUGGCCAUGCCUGGCGUGUGCUGCUCGAGAGCGGCACGGACGCCUUUCAGAAUGACGCCUUCGAGGUUGUCAUGGAGAAUCCCCUGGAUGAAGCCGUCGACUACAGAAUCGUUUUUCACUACGCGGCGCCAAAGAAGAUUACAGGCGUGGCUGCCGUGCUGCGCCUCAAUCAGCGCCCUUCCGGCCAGCACCUGCAGCUGAGCAAGAACUGGCACACCAACGACUGCUUUUGGGGGCGAAUCCGCUACGAUGGAACGUGGUUCUCCGCAAUAGCAGAGCUACGACUGCCGGCGGGCGCUCAUAUCCAGGCGGAGCUUGUGGUUGCGUACCAGUUCUUCGGAGAGCUCCACACCGUCUCCCAUGCGCAACUCUCGCUGAUAGGCUGGGCAGGCUCCAAUGGUUUGUGGGAGGAGGUGGGCCUGGGAGCAGAGGGCGAGUCCAUCACUUACGAGCCAAACUUGCAGCAGAGGCGAGCCAUGGUCCUGGACACGCGACCCUUUCUGGUGUGUGCCAUGGACAUUCCCGACUGCGCAUGUCACAAGGAGACGAAUGCCAGCGGCGCCUUUGCAGAGAUGCGCUGCCAGAUGACACAGGCCGAAGGCUGCCGAGGAGAUGUCAACGUGACAGGGUGGACAGAGAACUCUGGUGGCUCUGACUUCUUGGUAGCGAUCAACGAGGAAGGGUCCUACCAGUACCUUACGAACGUCACGGCGAGGCAUACCUCCAAUGGCCCACUCCUCACCAACGCAAGCUAUCUUGGGGUCACAGCCGAUGGCGCCGUGCUCGUGGAGCGAACAGUCAGCACCUGGGCAACCAACGACCUGGCGCGGCACUUGCACAGCUUUACGUACCAAGUGCUGAGGAAUGUGAGCUACGCGCGGCUCGCCCUGUACGUCCUGGGUGCGGACUGGUACAACUUCGUGGCGGACCCCGGCUUUGCGCACGGUGAUGCCCACGGACUGAAAGGCACGGCCAUGAACCUUUCCUCUCAGCUGGAGCGCUUUGAAUACUCCAAGCUCCACCAGAAGGUGCCAUGCGGGGACCUGCCCUGCUGGUUUGCACUGCUCGACCCUUCACAGGCACGCCACGUGCACCGCGGCCUGGUGCUGCGGCGUUUCGAGGCGCGGCAAGGAGGUGGCUGGAGCGGCAAUUUGUCCAGUGACCAAAUUUCAGAAGCGGUGUUCUCCUUGCUGGGAGCAGACAACUACGGCGAGCGGACCUUGGGUUUGGAGCUGGGCCUUGCUGACAUGCAGCUCCAGGCCGGCGAUGUCAUCUCCGGCGACGUGGAGCUGCUUUUGUACCCCAAGAGCGCGCAGGUGCACUAUGGGCACAACUUGCACCUUGGUGGCCCACCCUGGCAGCUCGUCGCUGAGGCCCGUGACCCGAAGGUCGUGAUGGCAGAGGGCCACUUACAGCGGCUCUAUUUCCCGCGAGUAGCCGUCAAUGCUGCAGGCUACGCAGACUUCAGCUUGGACUUUGACUAUCCAGGAGUGCUGCCUGUGACCAUCGCUGGGGUCAAGGGUUUGCAGGGCUGCCUUUGCGGCGAAAGCGGCGAAGAGCUCGGAGGCCUGCAGGAAGGCGCUUUCCAAGUGGACUUUGUGCCAGAGGAAGGCUACGCCUACACCUACAGCCGCUGGACGGUGGAGCUGAACAGAUUUGAUGGAGAUGGGGUGGCAUUGCUGGACGACUGUUAA